AUGGGCAAAAAGGGCAGCGCCAAGAGUCCUGGGGGAGCUGCGGCUCGCCAGGGGGAGCGGGGGGCUGCUGCGUCGGCUUCAGAUGCGGCACCCCCACCCAUGAUUGAAGAUGCGCGCUUUGCGCACGCGCACAAUGACCCUCGUUUCAAGCGUCCAAGCAAGCGACAGCAGAAAGUGGUCAUUGACGACCGGUUCAAGUCCAUGUUUACCGACAAGCGCUUCCAGACUGCAGCCAAGGUGGAUGCACGGGGUCGAAAGAUUACGCAUUCGCAGGACGAGGACCUUCGCCGAUUCUACACGACAGAGCAGGAGGAACUGGAUCGUGAUCCGACAGAGGAGGCCGAACUCUUUGCCGAGACGCUGCGCAUUGACGAGGAGGGAGAAAGCGAGGCAUCCGACUCGGGCGCUGAGCCCGACUACUCCCGCGGCGAGGGUCUUAUGGAGUCGAGUGACGAAGAUGAUGAUGACGACGAGGCCCAGGCGCAAUAUCAGGAGGAAGCGGACACGCCAUGGACCGUCUUUGAGGCCCUGGAUCAGGUCGACCACACGGACGACAUCAGCCGUCGCUUGGCUAUUGUCAAUCUAGAUUGGGACCUGAUUCGCGCUGUCGAUCUGUAUGCAGGCUUGACUCUUUCACAUGUGUGUGUGUGUGUGUGUGUGUGUGUGUGUGUGUGUGUGUGUGUGUGUGUGUGUGUGUGUGUGUGUGUGUGUGUGUGUGUGUGUGUGUGUGUGUGUGUGUGUGUGUGUGUGUGUGUGUUAAUUCACUUGGACCCUUUGCUAUUUGCAGUGUUGGUCAACAGCUUCAAACCACGCUCGGGCGUGGUGGAGCGGGUGGCCAUCUUCCCUUCGGAAUUCGGGCGCGAGCGCAUGGCCGAAGAGGACCGUCAAGGCCCAGGUCGACUGAUCCGCGAAUCUCUCCCCGACCCACCUCCGGGCGUCCAGGUGGACAAGGCCAAACUCGAAGAAGACCGCUUGCGCGCCUACCAGCUGCAGCGGCUGCGUUACUACUAUGCUGUUGUGGAGUGCGACUCGCCUGAAACUGCCAAGGCCAUCUAUGAUGCGUGUGACGGCGCAGAAUAUGAAAAGUCAUCCAAUGUGCUGGAUUUGCGGUACAUUCCCGAUGAGGAGGAGUUUGAGCAAGAGCCGCGGGAUCAAGCUACCCAGCUGCCAGAUGCGGAGAGCUUCAACCCCACAGAAUUCACGACCAAGGCUUUACAGCAUUCGGACGUUGCGUUGACGUGGGACGCAGACGACGUGGAGCGCCUCAAGGUGACCAAGCGCAAAUUCAACCGUGAGGAGCUGAAGCGCAUGGACUUUGAAGCAUACGUGGCCUCGGAUGAUGACAGCUCGGAUGACGAGGAGGAAAGUUCUGGCGGCGGGCGCAAAUCCAGUGCGGCGGCAUAUCGUGCCUUGGUGGGCCAGCUCAAGCAAGAGCAGGAGGCCGAUGAGCCCGCGGAGAUGGAAAUUCAAUGGGACAUGGCGCUCACGGACAAGUCCAAGCAGCUGGCCAAAACCAUCGAGUCUCGGGGCGCGACAAACCAGGCCCAAACCCUGGGCGAGCAGUACCAGCAGAUUCGCAAGGACAAGCGCAAGGCGCGCCGGGCUGCUAAAAAGGCAGGACUCACCGCUGAGGAGAGCGGGGAGGAUGGACUAGAGGACGAUGACGAGGAUUUGGCGCAGCUGGCCGCAGAAGAUCCCUAUUUUGCCGAAGAGCUAGCAAGCCAAGGCCCCGGCAAGAGUGGCAAGGGUGGCAAGGGUCGCAAGGGCAACAAGAGCGGCAAGGGCAAUGCCGAGGCCGAGGAUGAUGCAGCCGUAUCAGAGGCUCAGCUGGCACGCUUGGUCGGGGUUGCGGACGAGAAGCACUUUAACAUGAACGAAAUUGUGGCCAACGAGGGUCGUUCCAAGAAAACACUCAAGCGGCGGGCCAAGAAGCGUCAAGAGGAGGUGCAGGAGGACACGUUCAAGGUGGACGUGGAGGAUCCCCGUUUUGCGGCCAUGUACAACAGCCACGAGUUUAGCAUUGAUCCGACCAACGCCAGCUUUCACAAGACGAAAAACAUGGAGCGUCUGUUGGAGGAGCGCAAUCGUCGCAGUCGUCAGCGCGGGGGCCGACGCUCUCAAAAGAGCAAGAGCCAGUCAGCCAACGCGGACAGCGCGCCUGCCGUGGCGGGCUUGGACUCUGUUGUGCGCAAGCUGCAACAACAACAGCCAGCUAACAAGCGCAGCAAACGGUAGAGGGGCCGGUGAUCUGCUCGGUCAGCACGGAGCAAGUUGCUGCGCACGUGUUUCGUGUUGUGUGUGUGUUAGAGCUGUCCGGCCGGCGGGCUCCUUACGGCUGCUGCAUGUGUGGCGCUGCUGCACUGCGGACGAUUCGAAUCGAGCGAUUGAAUUUC